AUGCUCGGUUCUCUUGUUGUCUUGGUUCUUGCCAGCCUCUCCAUUGCUUCGCCAACUUUGGAGAAGCGAGCCAUUACAUGUCUCAAAGUUGGCCAAACAGCCACUGCAUCUUGGACCAAUAGUGCGGGGAAGAAAUGUACUUUCACGGGUGUUGUUGGUAGCAACUACGGCGCCAAUCCUUCCGGAUCAGGAGAAUGCGGAGCCGGGUGCAGCGGCACUGCUGUUGGUAACGUCUAUACACAAGAUUGCUUCUCUCACGAUAUCUGCUCAUACUUCAACUCCGCCUCCGGAGGUGCCAGUGACCCCAACUGCGGAGCUGCUUACAAUGCGGCUGUCGAUGAUACUGCUUUAGGUUUUGCGAAUGGUUGCAGCCAGACGAACCCAAGCAACAGUGUUGCCAAACCCAAUAGUGCUCCGCUGCGAUACUCUGGAAUUCCAGACGACGGACAGCAUCUUCAUGCUGACUUGCCCUGGCAUCGAUGUGAUUUGUUCGCGUGCCCAAGACCCCUGUUCAUACCCAUGCAUCUGACCCCAGAGAAGGACAACACCCCUGCCACUGAUGAUGGCACCAAGGUCAUCUCUGUAGGAAAACCCAGGACUCCGACCCUAGUCGCCAAGCUCAACGGGCAGCCAUCAGCAAAUACUCCGUACCAAGCCAAGCCUAGCGAGCUCAGCGAUAUUUGGGGAAAAUUGGAGCACCAUCCCUCCUAUAACAGGGUCUUCUCUCUCGGCAAAGAUGGCAUUCUGCGCUCGCUAGGCCCCGACCGCGAUGUUCACGAUGCAGUCCCAUUAUCGCCUCAUUUGAUCAAGGCGCUUCUUGACCGUCUGCCUUUCUGUCCUGAGAAUGAGGUCGACUUUCGCGGUGUCGAUGGCAGAAACACGCCUAAAGAGCAGUAG